AUUGCUUUCGCCAUCACCUGUCUUAGUUCUUUCAUUGGCCUUAUUCUCAGAGAACUUUGUUCGAAUGGCGCUGGUCGUGGACGCGGAGUACUUGAAGCAAAUUGUGAAGGCUCGCAGACUGCUCCGCGGCCUCAUUUCGAGCACACAGUGUGCCCCUAUCAUGCUUCGCUUAGCGUGGCAUGACGCGGGAACUUAUGAUGCAAGAACAAAGACGGGAGGGCCUAAUGGCUCGAUACGGAAUGAAGCCGAACUGAAACAUGGUUCGAACAAUGGAUUAAAGAUUGCUGUUGAUUUAUGUGAGGAAGUCAAGGCCAGAUGUCCGAAAAUUUCCUAUGCAGAUUUUUACCAGCUUGCUGGGGUUGUCGCAGUUGAGGUUACAGGCGGUCCCUCCAUUAACUUCGUCCCUGGAAGAAAGGAUUCUAUGGGGUCUCCAGAGGAAGGCCGUCUUCCAGAUGCUGCUAAAGGCGCAUCGCAUUUAAGGGAAAUAUUUUAUCGGAUGGGCCUAUCAGACAAGGAUAUUGUAGCAUUAUCUGGAGGCCAUACUUUGGGAAGAGCACAUAAGGAUAGAUCAGGCUUUGAUGGACCCUGGACCAAGGAACCCCUAAAGUUCGAUAAUUCGUAUUUUGUGGAACUUCUGAAACGAAACUCGCCAGGACUUCUGAAACUUCCGACAGAUAGAGUUCUUGUGGAGGAUCCAGAGUUUCGUCGCUAUGUAGAGCUAUAUGCCAAGGAUGAGGAAGCCUUCUUUGAAGACUAUGCACUGUCACACAAGAAGCUGUCCGAGCUAGGCUUUUCUCCGGCUUACUUGGGCUUAAUGCUGGUGAAACUCAAAUCAGGAUUUGCUGCAGCCUGGAGUCAUUUCUUUGGAGUUCACCAAAAAGUGAAGUGAAAAAAAGAACACUAUGAAGUGUGAAUAAUGUGUGGUUUCGUGAUCUCGUCGAAAUUUAGAUUUCUUUAAUACAAAAUUACAACCGUAAAUGCCGAUGAGUACAAAAUGUCAUCCAGUCGUUGGGUGCUGAUUCUCACAAUAAGUAUGAAGAUUUCCUAUUUUGAAGUGAAGAGAGACUCAACAUUCAGGAAA